AAAGCAUCCGACCCUAAUGCAACGUGAUGAGUACUCGAGCCGCAGUCCUCCCACUCCUUCGGGGAUCGAUAACCUUAGAUGAAGCCUUGGACCAGGAAGAAGAUAUGCUGCUCGAGCUAUCCUUCCCCAAGUCCCGAAUGGAGUUCUUCGUAUCUCUAUACAGCCGCCGCCAAGAUAUCGCAAUGCUCGUCGCGGACCAUCUACAAUCAAGUCGAUGGGAGCAGUGCUUCGUGGAAGAGGUCAAGGAGUGGAUCCACGGCAGUUUCAACGUCUGCAUCCCGGUUCGGAUCGAAAGUCGGACAAAGCAGUCGCCCAAACGCGUGAUGAUCCGAUUCCCUCUACCGUACAAAGUAGGCGAGGCUUUAAAUCCAGGCAAUCUUGACAUCCCGAUUCCUCGGCUGUGGGGGUUUGGGUUCCCUGGUGGUCAGACUUUCAGUAUACCCAAACACAUGUCUUUCAUGGCGAAGAUUUUCUGGUACGCCAAGCGAUGCGUGUCGUGGCUGUUGGACCGUCCUUUGCCCUGCCCAUAUAUCAGCCACCGUCGACAACACAUACUAGACCACGGCUACCUCGUCAUGGACUACAUCGACGAGCCAGGAGUUCAAAUGCUAUCGGAAACCUGGAACAAACUUUCACACGCUGGCGACAGAACAACCAACCUGUACCGGGACUUAUCCCGCAUAAUGUUGUCUUUGAGCCAACUCCCACUCCUCCGUAUCGGCUCUUGGACGAUCGACACAAACGGAGUCCUGCAACUGACCAACCGUCCGCUCACCCUUCGCCUGCAUCAGUUGGAGAAUGCUGGGAUUCCUACCAAUGUGGACCGCAACUUGACUUAUACUUCCGCUGAUUCCUACUACCAUGAUAUUCUAUCCUGCCACGACAGCCGUCUACGACAUCAACCCAACUCGAUGCAUGAUGAGGACGACGGACGCGCCCAAAUGGCGAAUUUGACCAUGAUGCGGGCGCUUCUUCCGCACUUCACCGACCUCCAUCAAAGCAACAUCUUUGUCGACAAGGACUGGCACAUCAGAUACCUGAUUGACCUGGAGUGGACGUGCUCUCUGCCAGUGGAGACUUUACGUCCCCCGUACUGGCUGACCGGCCGGCCCGUUGACGACAUCCUCGGGGAACAUCUCAACACAUUCAACGAGGCCCACGGCAAGUUCGUGGACAUAUUUCAGGAGGAAGAGAAGCGUUACCCACCUCUCUUCAAUGUCUCCGCCUAUCGGACAAACACCAUGAGGCGAGGGUGGGGAGUUGGGAAUUUCUGGUACUUCCAUGCCUUGGAUAGUCCCAAAGGUCUAUUCAAUAUUUUCAGAGACCAUAUUCAGCCCAGGUUUUCAGCAUCUCAGAGCGAUGAUCCCACCGGCUUCUCGAGAAUAGUAUCUCAGUACUGGUCAGUGGAUACGAAGGCUCUCAUUGGAGAGAAAUCUCCUGUAAACCAAGAUCUAUACCUGGAACAUCAAACACGCGGCAAACAAACAACUCCGACAUGCCAACCACCACCUCAUCCUCCCCCAUCCUGCCUUUUCCCCUCUCGCGCCACCACACGCCCCGUAUACCGCGUCAUGAUCCGAUCCGCCAGCUCCGCAUUCGAGCCCCCCUCGUCCCCGCUCACCUCUCCCUCGGAGUCCGACACUUCCUCCGCGUACACCCGCGGCUCGGGCACCGGGCCCGCCCGAGGAUCCUCAGCGCGCAUAGGCCGUGCCUCACGCUCAUAG